AUGGCGUCAUUUUCAAAGGGACUAACUGUUCACGAAGUAACUGAAUUAUUGGAGCAAGGGGAUAUCGAUGAUAUUUUGAACGAUGUGAAUGAUAUAUUUAUGGAGCCACCCGCAAAUGUCAAUAAUUAUGUUACUGAUGAAGAUAGUGAUGAUGAAGGACCGGUAGGUGAUAUAAACCACAUGCCAGCUAGUUUACUAAACGCACAUAUAGUUAUACAUACUCCUGAUACAGAGGAUGCUGAAGUAGCAAAUAAAUUACAACCCUACGAACUAUUUGAGCUUUUUUUCGACCAACAAGUGUUGGAAAUGAUUGUGGAUUAUUCAAAUACCUAUGCAUCUAAUAAAAACCAAACACUUCAAAUUGAUAUAAAUGAACUGAAGUGUUUUUUAGGUAUCUUAUUGUUAUCAGGUUAUAAUGAAGUAUCACGAAGACGUAUGUACUGGGAAAAAUCACCAGAUACACAUAACAACUUGGUAUCAGAUGCAAUGCGACGAAACCGCUUUGAACAAAUUUUUUCAAACAUUCAUUUUUGUGAUAAUAGUAAGCUUGAUGAGCAUGACAAAUUUUCCAAAAUAAGACCACUAAUUUCUAUGCUAAAUUCAAGAUUUUUGAUACACGCACCACACCAACAAUUUCAUAGUAUAGAUGAAUCAAUGGUUCCCUACUUCGGCAGACAUGGUUGCAAACAGUUUAUAAGGGGCAAGCCUAUUCGUUUUGGUUUCAAAAUUUUGGUUGGGACACUAAGAUUAGGCUAUGUAGUCUGGAUAUCUCCCUACCAAGGUAAAAGUGGUGAUCUUCAAAAUACUGAGUAUGGUUUGGGUGCAUCAGUUAUCAUUUCUUAUGCAAAUAAUUUAUUGGCACACCGUAUAGCUCCAUACCAUUUGGUGUUUGAUAAUUUCUUCACUGGCUUACCUUUAUUAGAAAAAUUAAGUGAAAUGGGUUUAUACGGAACAGGGACAAUACGUUCAAAUAGAACAAAAAAAUGCCCAAUCAACUUGGUUGCAAUGAAAAAAAUAGAAAGAGGUUCAUAUGAAAGUUAUGUUUCCGAUUCUGGUAUUUUGGUAUGUGCAUGGAAGGACAAUAGCACUGUUACCAUAGCAUCCAAUAAUGUUGGUGUUGAGCCAAUCACGGCUGCAAAAAGAUGGUCUGUUUCAGACAAAAGAAGUAUAAGAAUACCACAACCAAAAAUUAUACAUUUGUACAACCAAAAUAUGGGUGGUGUUGAUCGUAUGGAUCAAAACGUUUCUCAGUAUCGUAUUUCUAUUCGUGGUAAGAAAUGGUAUUCGUGUAUAGUAUUGUACUGUAUUGAUUUGGCUGUACAAAAUGCUUGGCAGUUGCAUAAACUCCAUACAGAAAAACCAAUGGACCUUUUAGCUUUUCGUAGACACAUUGCGACUUAUUAUCUACAAAAAUUUAACACAGCACCAACUCCUGGACGUAAAGGUGGAAAACCAUCAAAUUAUAUUCCUCGAUAUGAUGGUGCAAUGCAUUACUUAGUUUCACAGGAAAAACAGACAAGAUGCGCAGAAUGUCAUCAGAAAACUACUUCCAGAUGUAUCAAGUGUGAUGUUGGAGUGCAUUUGAAGUGCAAUAUACAGUUUCAUACAUUGAAACAAUAA